UAUUUUUUUUUAUUUCGAUGUUUACAUGAGUUUCUUUUAAGAAUAUUAAUUUUAUAUCAUAGUUUAUAUGUUAAUUGCCGUCACCACAAAUAGAGGAAAAUCAUAUAAAGAACCAUGAAGUGCACAAAGCUGACCAAUCACAUCUUGCAUAACAAUGAGGAGUCUUUCUGAAAUGAAGGCCUUAAAAGGACUGUUGGGUGGAAGUGAUGGAUUUGUCUGUAGGAAUAAGAAUAGUGUAAAAACUGAACAUAUCCCUUUUUUCCUUUUAUAACUGUGACGUGUCACAUUUAUCUAACCCCUCAGUCUUCUUUUUGGUUGGAUGCAUCUUGCAUUCAGUGUCAAACUAGGCUAUUUCACCUCCUAAUGAAACCUUUUUAUGCCCCGAAAAUAGAAAGGCACCCAUGACGCACAGCAGCUCCCCAAAAAACGCCGUUACGCACGUGUCGCACCUGCGCAUCUCAUCUGCACACAUGCUGGGGGUGUCGGGCCUAUUUAAAACCUGCUCCAGGGGAGUGAGGGGACACAGACCUGCAGGCUCCGGGGACCGAGCACUGCAGCAGAACACGCACAGAUGAAGACGGACGGAUGUGCGCAGCAGCAGAGCUGCAGGAAGCAGAGUCUCAUCGAGGAUGCGCGCAAGGAGCGCAGCGGCAGCGGCAGCGGCCCCGGCGGGUCCGCGGGCUCCCCGGGGCCGCUGGGGCCCCCGGGGCCCCCCCGGCCCGGAGACGGCUUCGUGUUCGAGGACAAGGACGGCAAGGUCGUUCUGAACGUCCUGUUCGCCCUCAGCGAUGAGAAACACGCGGGGUUCUUCAAAACCGGCAAAAUAUUUGAAACGUUUGAGGCCAAGCUCCUCCACAUCGAAAGCCGGCCGCGGAGGAAGUGGAAGAACAGCCCGGCUGACCUGGAGUUCUUCCUGAAGUGUGAGGUCCACAGCUCCGACCGGGACGUGUUCAUCAACUCGCUGAAGAGAGUGGCCGAUGACGUUCGCGCCGUACCGGAGGAAAAGGUUCCCUGGUUUCCUCGUCACAUACGAGACCUGGACAAGUGCAACAUGUUAAUCACCAAAUUUGAUCCCGAGCUGGACCAUGACCAUCCAGGAUAUAAUGAUUCAGAAUACAGGAAAAGACGGGCUGCCAUCUCCGAGCUCGCCUUCAGAUACAAGCAGGGGGAGCCGCUGCCCUCAGUGGAGUACACGGCAGAGGAAGUUUCCACCUGGCGGCAGGUUUACCAGCAGCUGCGGAGCAUCUACCCCAGUCUGGCCUGCAGGCAGUUCCUGGACGCCCUGCAGCAGCUGGAGAAGGAGUGCGGCUACGGAGACGAGCGCAUCCCUCAGCUCCGGGACGUGUCCGCCUUCCUGAAAGAGAAAACCGGUUUCCAGCUGCGUCCAGUGGCCGGCCUGCUGUCGGCGAGGGACUUCCUCGCCAGUUUGGCUUUCCGGGUGUUCCAGUGCACCCAGUACAUCCGCCACUCGUCGGCGCCCAUGCACUCCCCCGAGCCGGACUGCUGUCACGAACUACUCGGCCACAUUCCCAUGCUGGCGGAUAAAGAGUUUGCCCAGUUUUCUCAGGAGAUUGGACUUGCCUCUCUUGGAGUUUCAGAUGAAGACAUUGAGAAGCUGUCAACGUUAUACUGGUUUACUGUGGAGUUCGGCCUCUGCAAGCAGAACGGAGCAGUGAAGGCUUACGGCGCCGGACUCCUCUCCUCUUACGGAGAGCUUGUCUACGCGCUGUCCAACGAGCCAGAGUACAAGCCGUUCAACCCGGAGGAGACGGCGGUCCAGCCGUACCAGGAUCAGACUUACCAGCCCGUCUACUUUGUGUCUGAGAGUUUUGAAGAUGCAAAGAUGAAGCUGAGGGAGUACUCUGCCAGCAUCAAGCGGCCCUUUGCGGUUCGCUACGAGCCCUUUACCUGCAGCAUCGAGGUCCUGGACCACCCGAGCAAGAUGCAACACGCUCUGAGCCAGAUGAGGGAGGACCUGAAGACCCUUCACUGCGCCUUGGAGAGGCUGAGCUCGUCUUAAGACGAGGAGGAAGCGAUGCAGACGGAGAUGCUCGACUCAACCGUGCAGCUGAGACCGAUGAACACAAGAAACGAUACGUUCUAGCUCGUUUUUGUUUGUACGUAUAUACAGCGGACAUGAUGUAAAAAGGAAUAAAUGUUUAUUUUCUUGAA